AAUUUUUUUUUUCUUCUUUUCCCCCCUCUCUCUUGCUUAUCACGCCGAUUUCAACUAUUUUUACCUUUUUCGAUCUUCCUCACCCCUCACCUCCCCCCGUUUGUUCAGCCCUCCGUUUCCCCUCUUCCCCCUUUUAUUUCCCUCUCUUCUCUCUCUCUUCUUUUCACCAUGUCUCAACCAACUUCUACUCCCCCCGUGCAACCUCCCCAUGCCACCACCGCCGCCCAAGUCGCCGGACAGUCCUCCUCCUCUCCCGCCCGCACCGCCGAACUCGCCAAUCUUAAAGUAAAGUUGCGCGAGGCCCUGCGCCAGUUCCCCGACUUCCCGUCCCCGGGCAUCUUGUUCGAAGACAUCCUUCCGAUCUUCGCGGAUCACACCCUGCAUGAAGCCCUACUCCGCUGCCUGGAGCUGCACAUCCUCGAGAGCAACGGCAACCAGAAGCCCGAUGUGAUUGUCGGCCUGGAGGCCCGUGGCUUCCUGAUGGGACCUAGCUUGGCCCUGCGCUUGGGCGCUGGCUUUGUCCCCGUCCGCAAGCAGGGCAAGCUCCCCGGUCCUUGCGACACCCAGGGCUACGAGAAGGAGUAUGGAACCGACUUCUUCCAGAUGCAGUCCGAUGCGAUCAAGCCGGGCCAGAAGGUGAUCGUCAUUGACGACAUCAUUGCUACUGGAGGUUCGGCAUACGCUGCUGGUGAACUCAUCAAGCGCAUGGGCGGUGACCUGAUGGGCUUCGUCUUCCUUCUCGAGCUCGAGUUCCUCCAUGGACGGGACAAGCUGCCUGCCCCCGUUUACACUCUCCUCACUGGCCAGGAGGACAAGGCUUAAUGACCCUAUGAGAUGCACUAAUAAUUUCCUACCUGUUUGGUGGUCUGGUUUCGCGCACGCACAAAAACAGAAAAAAAACACUCUCUCACAACCAUCGACUGGGAAGCUGUCGGUCGUACCACAGUGUCUGAUAUAGUGCUGUGGCGGCGACCCGACCGACUUGUGUCUGAUGUGGAGUGAUAGGUCGCCCCGGAUCGACUCGCACGGACGGAUGGUUGACACGGAGGUGAAGAAAAGCAAUUGGCCUACCGCCGGAAACGGCUCCGAAAUGGACUUGAUGGUUCUUUCUCGGGCAAAAGUUGGAAUACUUGACUUUAUCACUGAGUCGAUGUGAGGCGUGCACAUGAUUGGACAUUUUGCAUAGACUAUGAAAUAUCAAUGAGAUACAUGUAAUAUACGCC